UAUGUUGCUAAAAGCCACGCCUCGCUUAGUCAAUAAAUUUUGAAUAUUGAGUAGUGUACGUGUAAGAGUUGUGUUUCGGAAGUAUUUUUGUGCGUUAAGAAUCAGAUCACAACUGAUUUCUGAGAUAAUAAAUCUAGUGUCGGCCAUUUCUUUUGCUACCGGAAUUGUGCUAGCGGUUUACAGAGUUCUCUGCGCUCGCUUGCUUCGGUGCGAGAGAAUCACGGGACCUGACCCACCGUCGUGCGCGACCACGCCAGUUUAGUGCAGUGUCUGCCAUGUUGGAAGAUAUCAAUGCUGUGGGGCGUGCUUCAUUGUUAAUGGCUCGUGUUUUGGAUCAGUGAAUGAUAUGUUCGACUAGAUCACGACAUUGAAGGUUACCUGUACCGGGUACAUCAUGGUGUAUGCAUAUCUGAGUUGUAACCCCUUCGCUGUGCUAGAAAUGGUGUUAUACAUGUUCUAGGAAACACGCCAUUAGUGAGGAUGCUGUUAGAUUCCAGAGGAACAAACAUAUAUUAGAGAGUUAUUGUACGGUAUUUGCUUGUCUGGGGCUGCAAGUCUGCUGUUAUUUUGCUUACCGUGCUUUUGACCCGAGUGGGCGAGUCCAUUGUAGCCGUCUCGGGGGUGUGAGUAUAACAGAUGGGUUGUUGAGGAUUGAGGCCGAAGAAACCGUUAAUCGUUUUACCUUGGAAUUCGCGAAUUGAAGAAUUUGUUGGUCUUCAGAGAUUAUCAAGAACUGAAAUUGUACCUGUAUUAGGUAAACUUGCCAGUAUCGUGUUUGAUGUGACUAGUAGUUACGCUGUAUAGGAGGAGGAUUUUCGCUGUGACUGCCCAUAGCUCUUUCAUUUUGGUCAUAACAAAGUGAAGCCGUCCUUGUGUAGGAGAAGUAUCAGUGCACAUGUGAAAACGUUCAAGUUCUUUAUGAUUAGUUACGAAAAUAUUAGAGGAAUGAUUACAUAGGCCUACCCCCUAGUCAAGUGAGUUGAGUCAAGUGACUGCACCCAUGUUGGUUUGUUUACAUUUUUUAUGGAGUUAGGAAGGAGAGUAAUGAUGUGCAGUCCAGUGUUGCUUAAAGUAAAUUUAUGAAUCUGAUUUCAAGGUCAGUGUAAUUAUUCUUACCUCUGAAAGUUAUAUCUAUCUUUUCUUGCAUUUUGUAAUGCAAACAGUGCUGCAUAAAUUAACUGAAACCAAGGCCUGUCUAACAGAAUAUUUCACAGAGCACUCAUAAGGAGUUUGAUAGUAAGUGACAUUGUGCUGUUAAGGCCUUAGUGUCUGUAGUUCUGAUUGUGAACUGAAAACGUGUUGACUGUAAUUCUGGAUCCAAACCUGCAGUUUGGUGGCAGCGUUCCUCAUGGUUCGAUGGUGCUCUUGAAUGCGGAGGUGUCGCCAGUGGCCACACGGGCGAUGGACAGCUCGGUGGUGGUGCAAGCCAAACGUCCUGAUGCUUGGCAUAAGCACGAACAAUUGAUGCUAAUGGAGAAGCAGAAACCAAAAUCCGUGGAGGCUGGACGACAGCGCCAUGCGCCUCUGUAUGGGCGGCUGGUGGCCGAGGAGCAGUUGGCUGCAUCCAUGGCCUCCACAGCAGCGACAGGGACGCCCUCGGACAUCCAAGCUAUGCAGGCGCGCAUACCCCACAACUUCCGUGACCCUGCCACAGCGCCACUCCGCAAGCUCAGCGUCGAUCUUAUCAAAACCUACAAGCACAUCAAUGAGGUAUACUAUGCAAAGAAAAAGCGACGGGCACAGCAGACUCAAGGAGAAGACAGCUCACACAAAAAGGAGCGUAAAUUGUACAACGAUGGAUUUGAUGAUGACAACCAUGACUACAUCAUCAAGAAUGCAGAGAAGUUCCUUGACCGAUACGAAAUUGACUCUCUCAUUGGUAAAGGCUCCUUUGGUCAGGUGGUUAAGGCAUUUGACCAUGAAGACCAGUGCCAAGUGGCUAUCAAGAUCAUCAAAAACAAGAAGCCAUUCUUGAACCAGGCCCAGAUUGAGGUGAAGCUGCUGGAAAUGAUGAACAAGGCGGACGCCGACAACAAGUAUUACAUAGGUAAAGACAAAAUAGUGAAACUGAAGCGACACUUCAUGUGGCGCAAUCAUCUGUGUCUAGUCUUCGAACUGCUGUCAUACAAUUUGUAUGACUUGCUGCGCAACACCAACUUUCGGGGCGUGUCUCUGAACCUGACACGCAAGUUUGCACAGCAGCUAUGCACGGCCUUGCUGUUCCUGUCCACGCCUGAGCUCAACAUUAUUCAUUGUGACCUCAAGCCAGAAAAUAUUCUCUUAUGCAAUCCCAAGAGAUCAGCUAUCAAAAUUGUUGAUUUUGGUAGUUCAUGUCAACUGGGACAGAGGAUAUACCAGUACAUCCAAUCAAGGUUCUACCGAUCACCUGAAGUUCUUCUGGGCAUCCCAUAUGACCUAGCCAUUGACAUGUGGAGUCUAGGAUGUAUUCUGGUGGAAAUGCACACUGGGGAACCUUUGUUCAGUGGUGCCAAUGAGGUGGACCAGAUGAACAAGAUAGUGGAGGUGUUGGGCAUGCCACCGAAGCACAUUCUUGACCAGGCACACAAAGCCCGAAAGUACUUUGACAAGCUGCCAGGUGAUGGUUCUUAUGUGUUGAAGAAAGCCAAGGAUGGGAAGAAGUACAAGUUACCGGGUACUCGGAGACUUCAUGACAUAUUAGGUGUGGAAAGUGGGGGCCCGGGUGGGCGACGGCUAGGUGAGCCAGGUCAUGCUGUCUCAGACUACCUCAAGUUCAAGGAUCUGAUUCUUCGGAUGUUGGACUUUGAUCCCAAGACUCGAGUUACCCCUUAUUAUGCACUUCAGCACAACUUUUUCAAGAGGACAGCAGAUGAAGGCACCAACACAAGUAGUAAUGCAAAUAGUGGUAGCACAAGUACCAGUCCUGCUGUGGCUACUCUCAUUGAUACUGGAAGUCCUGGGGGUGGUGGAAAUGGAAAUUCUCAAACAGUGUUGGUGAGCUCAGUGUCAGGGAGUCGUGCACGGUCUGACCCAACAGUCGUGUUGCCUGGGAGUGGGCACCAUCACAGCAGUUCAGCAGGUACAGGAGUUCCUUACAGCAACUACACACAGAGUGCUGCAACACAGACAGCAAUGGAGUGUGAAAGUUUCCCAUCAGUUGCCGCCAACACCGUGACUUCCGCUGUGGCACCACCCACACGCCCUACGCAUUUCCACCAUGGACAUGCACACCAUCGGACCUCUCGUUACCAGCAACGUUCAGGAGGUCUCCUUCCCUCAUAUGCCCCUUCAUCCUUGCCUCUGGAACUAGUUGGGCAUCAACCAGGAUUGGAACAUGCGGUAGGGAGCUUUAUGCCAGCUGGACCUAGCUUGGACUGCACCCAAACUGGUAGCCUGAACCUUCCCCUUGUAUCAGCGACAGGGGGCUUUUACCCUGCCGCUGCCACGGCCUAUGGUGCAUCCUCAAACCCCUUGAGCUACAACUUUACAACAGUGAUGCCAGGGGGGACAGGGAGUAAUCUUGCAGACUCAGCGACAAGUAAGUUGGGGAGGCAAGGUUCAAGUGGGGGCCCUGGUCCCACGGGGCAGAGCAGCAGUGACAGAGAAGACAGUCCCAUGAUGGGGGUUUGUGUACAGCAGAGUCCUGUUGCCAGUCAUUAACAGUGACUGGACAUCUAGGUUCACAUGCUUGCUUGCUUGCAUAACUCUAUAGUAGGGAUGAAAGCAAAAUGGGCCGUAAACGUUGUUUGUUAUCAAGUGUUUUAGGGAAAUGAUAACUACACAGAAUAAACUGGAGUUGUGACGAUCUGCAAAUGGAGCAGUAAUGAUGAUGGUGUGAUCUUGUUUAAGGCAAAUGUACAGUAUCGUGAAUUGUUGACUCUAUGAUUUUCUACUUGGGGUCUGUCUGUGUGUAUUUUUUAAAGCUAUUAAAACAAAAUUUAGUAAAAAGAAAGAAAAUGACAGAAUUUAUGGCUGGUUUUAUUGAACCUUUUUAAAAUUUAGAACAAUUAUGAAUUCAAUGAAUCUGGACACUUUCUGUUUUUCUUUCUUUUUUAAAUUAUGAAUUGUUUCCAAGUGUAUGCUCAGAAAAGUGUUUGCUGGGGGGAACUGUGUAUGUCUGACAUGUCAUUCUCAGUUGCCUAAUAAUGACAGACCACAGAAGUAAGAUAGAUGUCUGCUAACGGGGAUUCAGUUGACAAAGGUUUCUUGGCCUGCAGUUUUGGUUUUAAUCGUGUUUGGAUACUCAAGUUGGGUUAUGCAAGUACAUUAGUAAAAUAUCGCACUCUGGCUGGUGUGCGAAACACAACAGUGGAUCGUGCGUUAUUUCUCGAAAAGGCUAUCUUUUCUUAACCAUCGGCUGUCAAUAUUUCUGUCUCUUGAUUCAUAUAGUAAGUAUACACCUGAAUUUAAGGUUUUCACAGUGGUGACUGAAAAAUGCUAUGUUCUGGGAUGUGGCACCAUGCAGUCCAGUAGAAAUUUACUUUUUUGGAGAAGGCUACAUCCUCCAUCUUCCAAGUCAAAGAGUAAGCCAAACUGGAAACAAGCAGCAAGAUGCUUCUUGCUUGCCUUAUUGUUUGACAUUUAAGAUGGAGGCAGUACAUUCCUUUGAAAUGUCAUGAACUUCUGCCAGACUACAUCACAUCACAUCUGAGGAGAUAAUACUCGUCAGGAAUAUGCCUGUGUUGAAAUCUUCUAGAGAAUUAAAGGAAUAGAAACAUAUUUUUAAUUUGUAUAUCAAGUAGAACAAAUUCACAUUUAACACAGUAAAAGUUUUUAAAUUAGAAAUGAGCUAAAAUUAUUUUUAAUCUGUCACAUUGUGCUUUUGGUAAUACAAACAUUGAAUGUGUUCAUUCAAAUACUCAGUUAUUGAGGUGAAAUAGUAUCUCCCUUUAUUAAUAAGAAACCACACAGAGUGCAUGAGAUUAGGAAGUACUGCAAUCAAGAACAAAAACAUACAUUUCCUGUUACAUUUUUCUGAAUCAGAUUUGUUGCCUGAUUUUGUCUUCACUGCCUCUGCUUUACCUUUCAAACAGUUUCUGAUGCUAUGUGAAUUGGAAGUACCCUGCCAAGUCAAGAUGAAGAUAAACUGUGGUAGGUCCAGCAUUGCAUUGUAUCAUGUUACUUAGUUAUGUUAAAUAUGAAUAAAGAAAGCUAGGACACAAUUUUGGAAAUUUUGGUUUCAUUUAUGGAAUUUACAUAAUGGUGUGGAUUCAAAAUGAUGAAACCUUCAAGUUUUAAUAUAUAAUGGCUGUAUAUUGAAAAAUUCAUCAUAAAUUUUGUAAUAAAUUGAUCAGUGAACUGGGAGUUUUGGAUAGAACUCAUAAUGCCUACUUCCAUUCUUCCAAAUCUUUUGUCUUAAUUUGGAUGGUGUAAGUUUAUAAUCAGACAGAAUUCAGUUUAGCUCCUUAUCAGCAGCACAUUGCUUGAAUGCAGAUGCUCGUAAUAUUGAGUGAUAUGGGUGUUUAUUUUAUUUUUACUUUGUUUUGUUUUGUUUUAUCAUCACCAUCAAGUAGAGAUUUUAUCCAUGUUAAAAUCAUGGGCAUAACCUCAGAAUUUUAUACCAACCCCACAUUUCUGGUUAUUCAUUAAUGAGCAGUAGUUCCUACAGAAUAUGUAGGUAUGUUUAUCAUCAACAUUCAUGCCAAAUUCCAGGUGCCUGGCUCCAGUGGUUAUUGCCGUUAAAUGAAAAGCUAAAUGUAGAUUUCAUGCAGCUGUAGUUUUAUUUGCACACGUUUUUCACCCCCCACCCCCCAUGUUAUUUUUACUGGUAAGAAGUAAAGAGCAUGAGGUUGGAGGAAGUCUCUAGAUGAUGUAACAUAUGUACCAAGUUUCAUGAAAGUUGGUCAGGUGGUUCAGCAAUUCAAAUCCAGGGAUGCACAGGUCUGCAUGCAUUCAGCAUGGUGACCACAUAGGCACACUUUCUUUUCUUAAGAAAAUUAGAUGUAAAAGUGAACCUGCCAACCAACUGAACCACAGAAGGUGAAGAAAUUACUUUUUUCUACUCUGCUAUGUAUCUUGAUCAGAAAGUUCUUUCAGAAAUAUGGCUUUAUUUAUUUAUUGUGUAGGAAGAGGUUAUUUUCUCAAGUACACUUUUUAAAUCCAAUCUUAAUUUAAUAUUACAUUACUUUGAGACAUGAUUCGAAUAAUCCUUCCACUUACAAACAUAGAAUAUUUUAGUGUUCAUUGCUCUGCAAUUGAGAGUUACAUUUGACUUGAGCCAUUUCCUGACCCUAUUCAAACUGUAGGGUGUAUCAUUUAAAGCACAAUGCAAGCUCACAGGUGAUAUCGGUGUAGCAGGUAAAGGUAGCAGUUUGUUAGAUUUCAUUGUGUAUUUUCUUGGACUUACAUGAAAGCUUUACAACAGGUGUUGAAAAUAUCCACCAGCUUCCAAGAGAUGAAUAUCCACACAUCUUAAGUGCUACGUGCGAUGUUUCAAAAUAUUUGUGGGUCAGUGCUGUCAACAUCCUGUUCAGCAGUGUGUUUCAGAUCCACCAGGGUUCAUGUAUAUGUUACUCAUAUAGACGCUUUCUUUGAGACAUUUGUACACAAAGAAGUUUGGCAGCUUGUUCAAUGUUGCAUAGCAUGUUACCUCUCAAAAUUGUAAAUACUUCCUGUUUCCCAGAAUUUUAUUACUGGAGGGUGUAGUGUUGUCUGAUUGAUACUGCCUUGUCAGGGUGCACAUUUGCUAAAAACUGCAUGCAUAACAGCAUAUAGUGUCAGUGUGAAGUGGUGUUUGAGAUUGAGGACAUAUAUUGCUUAUGAAUACGCCAUGCUUGCACCUGCAGAGCUUCUGCAGAUCUGGUGACAGUGGCAGCCUAGCAGCUGGGGUAACAUUUACUGGGGUGUGAUGGGGAAAGUUACAUUACACAAGGGGAACUACUUUUCAUUUCAAUUCUGCAUCGUAGUACUUAAUUGUUAUAUGGGUUGCAUUUUAAAUGGUACACCCUAUGUUGUUCCAGUUUUUACAGUUAUGUUAAAAAUUACAGAGUAAUUUGUGUUCAGAGACAUUUCAGGAUAUGGACCAAUGUGUGACAAAAACACUCAUCACUAAAUUCAUUAAUCCUCCAACAUAUGUCACUAGGAGCUAAUAAGGAAACAUGAACACCAUCAAUGCUAAGGCUGGGAAUUACAAUUUUCAUGGAAGAGAAUCAAGAAUUUGGGCUAAGGAAGAUUUCAAAUUACAGCUACAUAUACUCUAAUGGUGGGUGAUGUUACACAUUAUAGAAAUCAGGGAUGGAAAUGGGAGAGUGACUGGAGAUAUGCCAUAACAAUAAUUGUGAAAUAAAUUCAGAGGAAUCUUGAAAAUGUCUAAGCCUAUAGUUUUUUGGUGUUGUGUGUAAGUACAUUCUUUGCCACUAGAACCCAUAACAUUACAUCACUCAAUCCAUAACAGAAUAUUUGGUUCUAUAAUGGGGUGCCCUCAUAGUUUUAAAAAUCCAUCUGAGUUCAUCUUCCUUCCAUACAGACCUUGCAUUUUAUACACUGUAUAUUAAAACCAAAAGUUGGGGCCGUGGUUCAUGAUUAAUAAGUCUUAUGAUGGUCCAUUCAUUCUUUACUAGCCAAUUUAUUAUUGUUAUUUUUGAGUUCAUAAUUGUGAUCUCUGUGAGAGUUUUUAUAAUAUUUAAUAUAUUUUAUAUUAGUUUAUACAUCAAUUUUAUUGAUUAAUAAUUUAAAUAUGAUAUUACAAGAAUAAGUAAUGUACUCAGGGGAAAAUACUAUGGCAGCUAAGUACUGUACAGGACAUUCAUUAAAGUGAACCUUUCAAGAAGUAUUUAUUGCAGAGUCUUUUGGAUAUUGUACUGUGUUGAAUCAUUCUGGCAUGUGAAACAUCUGAAAUUUACUAAUAAUUGUGGGUCACUAUUGACAUUAAAAUAUCAUACAUUUCAGGAGAUAGUUUCGUAUGAGAAACUUCAUUAAAAGGUAGCAUAGGCGCUAGCAUGUUAGAGAACAUGGUUCAGACUGUGUGAAGGUAACUGUUCAGUUAUAGGGACACUGAAAUGAAAUACCUUAACAUAUAUCACCCAAGAGCAUUAUAAAUCACCUGGUAGUCAUAUUUUAACUUGGGGAUGAUGAUAUUGGUAAUGGAAAAACACAGCUCUCAGCGAUCAAAUGUGUAUACAUAUAGCUUUGCAGCAAUGGAGUACAUGUUUGUAAUGAUUAAUGAGAGUUCCUGUCACUGAACAAGUUGGCUCACGCAGUAACAUUUCUGAUUUGUAUUCAGAAGGUGCAUUAUUGAUAUCUUGGCUGGGACACCAACUACUGUGACUGAAGAUUUUGCAGUUUCUUCAAUUCCCCCAGGGAAAUAUCAGAAUAGUAGCAUGAAAUAGUCCAUUCCUUUCAAGUUCAGUGAGUGCAAUCAUUGACUAAUAUUUGUCAGUAUUAAAUAACCUCUACAGUUUAUUGUUAUGUAGUGUCAAUAAAGAAUCUACAAUCCAUCCAUAAGAAUUCCUAAUUUUGAGCCAUAUUUCUGUUUCAAGUGUUCAUUGUGGUCUAAUUUUACCAUCACUUAUACAGAAAAGAAAAGGUCUUCUUUUGGGCCAUGAAUUUUAAACCUUUGAAUAUCUUAUAAUGAAUUUCAUGCAUUUGUGCAUGCCUGUUUCCACUGAGUAAAAUUCUGUAUACAUCUAUACAGUUGCACCUUAGAAAUACUUUAGUACUAAAAUGUACGUUGUGAAGUAUUAAACUAACAUGGGUUAGAAUGGAAACACAAAAUAAUUUCAAGCAGUGACCAUUAAUCCAAGAUGGAAACAUGGCUUCUACAGGUGCACACAUCUGUCAACCUUUGCAGCUACUUGUCAGAAAAUAGUGUGUGUUCACAUGUACUCCUCUUCAUUAUGCAUGGGAUAAUAGAACGCAGAGUACAAGGACCUUUACGCACCUGCUAGUGCUCAAUCACUCACCCAUACAGAUGUAGUCAGGAACCACACUUACCUACUGUUUAUUAGAACAAACUGGUGCAAAACUGCCUGCUCUGUAUUCACUAUUAAGAAAAUAACUCCAUGGAGCAAAGUCCUUGAGAAACUGUCAGUUACUGAUCUAAUCAGAGAAUUCCCUGCCUUAUAUGGAACCUGGAGGUUCAUUACUGUCUUCACAAGACCUUGCCUUCUGGACCUCUUCAUGAGUCACAUAAAUUUAAAAGUUAAAAUCUUCAUGGUGUGACCUUAAUCUGUGAAUGUUGGACAUGGACUGCUGAGCAUGAAGUUUAUCUUCACCUAUAUGGUCCUUUAUAUGUAUCUCUGAAGUUUUGAACUUAGUAUAAAAGAAAUAUGAAUUGUAAGCUGUCCAGUGACAUAAGGUCCUAUAAAAAAUGUCCAACUAAACUCGGAAUAUUCAGCCAUGCGCAAAAGAGCAGUUAUAACAAUAGUGUGACACUUUACUUGUAGUAGAAUGUACUGGGUGCCAUGUAUUUUCACUCGUGUAUAUGGCUAAUAAACCUGUCACAUCAUUUUCCAUAAACCCCAACUUUCCAUCCAUGUAAAUGUCUCACUUGAGGUUCAAGAUUAGUGUUAAUUAAUCUUGUUCCCUUAAAUGGACAGGAUGACAGUGGUUUCAUGUGCCUUUAACUGCGUAAGUCACUGCAUGUGUUUCACCUUCCAAUGUUAUGAAAGUGGAUUCCAAGUUCCAUUUUGUUUAAAUUACCAUGUAUGGGUUUUGAUCCCUUGGUUCUCACCUUGGUAGUAAAAAAAGCAUUAUAGUUACUUCAGAUGGUACUUUUUCGUGCUUAUCUAUGCUAAAAUACUUUUGUAUGAUCAAAGGAGCCUAAACUGGAUAUGUAUGAAAGCUAUGUAGGAAGUAUGCAAAUCCAGAAUAGGAGUGCAUAGCCCAUAUAUAGAAUUACACAGCAUCUUGUUUGGAAAUGUUGAUGGUAUGCAUAACCGAUAUUUCAGUAUUUACUUCAUGUCACCCUUUUCCCCAUGUCUUUCUUUAUUCUUUCUGACUUUAUUUAUGUUUUAUUUUGUUUUCUUUGAGGAAAGAUGUGAUCCCACUCCUUUUGCAGUGACAUCUGUUGUAUGCUGCUAAGUGAGAAUUGUCAGAACCUCAUAUCAUAUUGAGAUAUAGCAGUAGUGCACAGAAGUAUGAGAAGAUUAUAUUAUGGCCCUGGGGUAAAGGGUAGCCAGUGUGUAAGGCUGACCUCACCACCAUCUGUGAUCCGA